AUGGCACCACGACAGGACGAAACGACUCCCUUGCUCCAGGCGCCGUCUACGCCCAAUGGCGGUCCAUGGAGAGCCAUACUCUGCACGGCCUUGACAUUCUUGCUCCUCAGCAUCGGCAGUCACAUCAGCCUCGCGCCGCAGACGGCCAUCCUCCAAGACAUCAUCUGUCGCGACUAUUACAAUUCCGACAGCCUCGGCCCCGACAGGUGCAAGAUUGACGCCGUGCAAAGCCAAGUCGCCGUCAUCAACGGCUGGCGAGAUGUCUUUGAGAGUCUUCCUGCCAUGCUGCUCGCCGUUCCGUAUGGCACUCUUGCCGAUCGCAUUGGACGCAAGUCUGUUCUUUUGCUCGCAAUCGCCGGUUGCUUCAUGAGCGAUGUCUGGAUCCGACUUGUCUUCUGGUUUCCCUCCUUCUUCCCGGUCCGAGCUGUUUGGUUCGCAGGCCUGUGGCAGAUUAUUGGUGCCGGCGCAGCUACCUUGUCGUCCGUCACCUUCGUAAUCGUCGCCGAUCUGUGUCCUUCAGACCAAAGAACGACCGCUUUUUCGCACAUUCAAUCAGCGAGCUUGCUUUCACAGUUUCUAUUCACUCCAGUCGGAGCCGUCUUAAUGGUGCAAAGUCCCUGGAUUCCCAUGUUCAUAUCCUCAGCUUUCAUGCUCGUGGGGUUUGGCGUUGCUGUCUUCUUCGUACCCGAGACGCUCAAUCUCCAAUCGCUACAAGACGACACAGGCGGCGGCCAAGGCGGUGAAGCAUUGCCGAAAAUGAGCUCACAUCAUCCCAUGCUCAAAUGUUGGGAUAGAGCGAGGGCACUGGGGCGAUGGAUGGCACAAAAUGCAAGAGUUGUCGUCGUCUUGUCCUGCUUCUACGCCUUUCACCUGGGUGAGCAGUCGGGCGGCCCUCUUCUCCUCCAGUAUGCUUCGAAAAGACUGGGGUGGUCCCUUGGUGAGGCUUCAUACCUCUUGUCCCUUCGCGCUGGCAUCAAUCUCCUCGUCCUCAUCUUUCUGAUCCCUGCCCUAUCGAGUGUCUUGUUACGACGCUUCAGAAUGCGGGAAAUCGCAAAGGACACACUCUUGGCGCAAUCCAGCAGCGUCUUACUGGCUCUUGGCUCCGGCACCAUAUUCCUGGCCAAAUCGUGGCAGCCUCUACUCGCUGGACAGCUCCUCUUCUCCCUCGGAUAUGCCUUUGCCGUUCCAGCGCGAAGCGUGGUGACCAGCAUGGUCGAGCCAAGGCAGCUGGGCACCGUGUACACGUCAAUCGCGGUUCUCACUUAUGCUGGGCUGCUCACAGGGGGGCCAUUACUAGCGAGAUGCUUCAAGUGGGGGCUGAGUAUGGGAGAGGCAUGGCUAGGGAUGCCGUUCCUUAUCGCCUGUGGCUUCUUUCUGCUCUCACUAGCUGCUGUAUCGCUCGCUGCGAGACAGAAGCACGAUGGCUUGUCAAACGACGCAGAAGUUGGCGACGACGGGCCGCAGGAUGGACAAGGAAGCGAAGGCAGGCAAUAG